AUGAGGGUGGCAGCUGGUUUGAUGCUUUUGGUAGCUGUUGUAGCAUUCUUAGUGCAGAUGGCGUUGCUCCUGACCAAUCGCGAAUUUAACUUCCUUCAUCACAAUGCCAUUAUCGGACACGGGUCAAUUGAAGGAGAUGCUGAGAAUGACGAAGAGAACGAUCGUGCUGAUACCGGCCCGAAGAGGCGGCUGGAGUACAAUUACAGUGAUGAGCCUAGAACAAAUCAGCAGAUAGAGGAUUCACGGACAUCUGAACAGACCGACGAUCGAAGGCAUCACAGUGGUCCGAUUGUGCAGCCCUCAACGCUCCGUGGUGAAGGCAACGAGUGGACAGACACUUGA